AUGAGAAGCAGCGGAGCAGGAGCAUCGGGGGCGGCGGGGCGGCUGCCAGAGUGGCCGGGCGGGGGGACUCGUCCCGUCCGGUCGGUCUGUCGGUCUGUCGGUCUGUCGGGGCGGGCAGGGGCAGGGGCAGUGCCGGCGGGACCCGCCACCCCCCCGGGCCGGCCCCCGCCCGCCGCCCCCCCGGGCCCGCUCCGAGGGCGGAGCUGCCGCAACUUUCCUGCCCGCCGCCUCCUCGCCGGUGCAGUCGGGCUGCGCGGGGAGGCGGCACCGGCACCCGGCACCGCGGGUCUCUCCCGCAGCGCCAGCCUCUCGGAGAAGGAGCUGAAGGAGGCGAAGGCGCGGAGCCAGAGGAUCGCGGCCCAGCUCACCACGGCGCCCGGGCCCAGCUCCAAGGGCGUGCUGCUGUUCCACCGGCGCCGGCAGCGCGUCGAGGGGCUCACGGGGGCUGGGCAUGGCGGGGGGCAGGCCCUGAGCCCCCCUGAGCCCCGGCCUCGCCAAGGAGCCAUGGAGCACAGCCAGGGCCAGGGCAUGAAACCAGAGCCCGGCCAGCCCGGCAAUCCUGGAGAAGGGAUGCUGGCAAACGCCUCCCCGUGCCAGGAGCUUCCUGCCGAAGGCCAGCAGGUGCCACUCAGCGUUUACCUGAAGGAGAACAUGGCAGCGGCCGCCACCAACGGCGUGCAGGAGCAGGCGGCCAGCGGGAUGGAGAGAGGGGUGGAGGGGCUCGGAAAUGCAGCAGCCCCUGCGGGGCCGAACACAGCAGCUUUUGUCCUGCCACAGAGCCCCGAGGAGGGCAAGAACGGCAAAGUGCCCGGUGAAGUUCCUGCUGAGAUGCCUGCUGAGGUGCCCAGCGAGGUGCCCAGCGCGCCAGCGGGGACAGCCACAGGGAUGGCACCCCCAGGAGGGCAGCAGCAGAACGGGACACAGGGCCGGCAGUACUACGAGGUCCAUCUCACCCUGGCCAAGCCCAAGCCCGUGAAGAACAGGACAGCCAGACCCUUCGGCACCCAGGCAUCCCCCGCCAGCGCCCAGCCGGCCGAGGAGCCCCCCGCCCCCGAGCUGCCCCCACCACCAACCUAUGCAGAGACCCUCAGCAGCCCCCCACCCCUCACCCGUGUCCGCUCCCCCCCUGCCUACUCGGCCCUGUACCCCAGCCAGGAGCAGAAGGUGCUGCCGGAUCCCCUCCUGGGCUGCGGGGUGAGCGGACCAAACCCCCUGCCCAAAACUGGGAUCCUGGAGGAGUCGGCUGCACGCAGAGGCAGCAGAAAGUCCAUGUUCACCUUCUUGGAGAAGCCAAAGCUGAGCCCCAACCCCGACCUGCUGGACCUGGUCCAGAGUGCAGACAGCAGGAAGAAGCAGAAGGAGCAGGGGGAGCCCAGUGCCGAGGAUGAGCCCUUUGCCCUCGGGGCUGAAGCUUCGAACUUUGUCCCCAACAGCACAGCCAGGGGUGUGCAGCACCUCCCACCAGCUGAGGAUACUCCAGCGUGGUCCUCCUGCCUCAAGUCUCCCACCAUCCAGCCCAAGAAGAAGCCACAGCCCAGCCACAUCCUCACUGAGGCGAGAGGGAAGGGGGCCGAGCUCUUUGCCCGCCGACAGUCCAGGAUGGAGAAAUUCAUCAUUGAGGCCCCCUCCCAGCCCGAGCUGCUGCGGUCACCAUCGCCCACCAUGUCCCUGCCUCCCUCCUGGAAGUAUGACAACAAUGCCUACCUGUCACCCAUGGUCUCCAGACGCCCCUCCAAGAGUCCCUGCAGGCCCUCCAAAACCCCUCCUGCAUCGCUGUAUGGCAACAACCUCAUGGAGAGCGAGGUGUCCCAGAAGGAGCUGGAGAUCUCCAGGCACCAGCCUUACCAGCUCCAGUCUUCUCUCUUCAUCCUCUCCCCAUCCAAGGGGCCAGCAAGGUCCCUGCCCCAGGAGGUGCCUCCGCCCAGACCCUCUCUUCCCGACUCCUACCCCUGUCCCCAGCAAGCCUCCUGCCCGGCCUCUCCGCUGCCUCCUUCCCCGGUUUGGCAUCCCCCCGUGGUGCCCAGCGCCGGCCAGAGCAGUGCCAGCCCCUUCCCCAGCGCUGCCGGGGCUCUGCCCCUGGCCCAGGAGAGCCGAGCCAGCCCUGCAGCCCCGGCCGAGGCGCUGCUGGCCUCGCCCUGCCGCCUGUUGCCGCCGCGGGCCAAGGCGGGGUUCCAGGCACCCCGGCCCUCCUACUCCACCAGGAACGCCGGCAUCGAGCCGCAGGACAGGCGCUCGUCCCUCCCUGCGUCGCCCACCUGGACGCCCCGGCUGGCGCGGCGCCCGGGCAGCCUGGACGGCUGGGCCAGCCCGGCCUCGGUGCCCGAGCUGGACGAGGGGCCUCCCACGUCCCCUCCGUGGAGCGAGCGGUCGCUGUCCCCGCUGCGGCAGGACGCGGAGCCCCGCGCCAGCCGGCAGAUGCAAGCGCGGCUGGCCAGGAACAUCAUCAACGCCGCCCGCAGGAAGAGCUCCUCUCCCAAAGCGCCGGGGCUGGAGAGCUCCCGGCCCUUCACCCCCAUCCCCGCCGGGCCCCCCAGCCUGCCCCAAUCGCCCCGGCUGGGGCCGAGAGCGCCGGCGCUGCAGGCAGCGGGCAGCGCGCUGGGGAGCCUGGGCAGCCCCUCGCCCACCCGCAGGAGCCCCCAGCCCUGCGCCUCCCCCGGCAUCCCCCGGGCCGCCUGGGCCGAGGGGCGCCGGCUCCUGCUGCCGUCCAGCGCCUCUCCCUGCCCCGCGGCCCCGCUGUCCCCCAAGAGCCCCCUGCCAUCCCCCGUGGUGGGCGGCCGCUCCCCGGCCAAGCGCGGCACCUCCCGGUCCCCGACGGACUCGGACGUCUCCCUCGACUCCGAAGACUCGGGGACCAAGAGCCCGGGAAUCCACAGCUUCAACCUCUGUCCGCGGGGCUGGAGCAGCAGCCUGAGGCUGAAGACGGGGGCUCUGCCCUCCGGGGCUCCCUGCACCUCCUAGACCAGCCAGCCCCGCCAAAAAACACUCUCCCUGCACCCGUCAGCCCGGGUGAUGCCCCCGCUCAUCCCCACCGGGAACACACCAAUCCCCGGGGCUGAUGUCCCCAUAAAACUGUGUCCACCCAAAAAACAGUGUCCCCCCAAAAAACAGUGUCCCCCCAAAAAACAGUGUCCCUUCGGAGCUGCCACGACCCCUCUGUGUGCCAGCGGGGUCAGGUGCCUCCCGGCCGCCCGCCGUCGCAUGGCCCCGCUCUAUUUUUAGGCGCUAACCUUUCGGGGCAGGACUGCGUGCUCAGCAGGCAGGAGCAGAGGGGGCAGC